GGGAAGGGCGAGGGCCAAGCGCUUCCUGUGCGCCGAGUACUACCGCAAGAAGGCCGAGCACUUCCAGGAGCUGUACUUCAGCUGCGAGAAGGACCGCUGCGCUUGCGUCCUCGCUUCCCAGGGUUGCCUAAGGGUGCGUCUCUGAGGUGCACGUGGGCGUCCAGUCCAGAGUCACCCAUGGCACCGGCAUUGCGAACGCCAUGGUCCACACUCCGCACAGGAUGGUGGACAUGGCGAGUCCUCCGCCAUAUUACACGCCUAUGUUGUUCGCGGACUCGACGGCAGGGAACGCUGGGGCAGCGACUAGCAGCGCAGCUUCGGCGCCUGUCAGGAACAAGCCCGUUGAGAGCGACAGAUCGGUCCACGAAAGGUUCUUAAAACUCAAGAGCCGCAUCAACCUUUUCAGGCGCACGGAUUGGAUCAUGUCAGAGCCGGAGUUUGUCGGUCUCGCCAAGCGGACUCUCGUGUUCCGACAGCUUCAGGGAAGCUGCGAGUCGAUCGGAGCCAUCUACCGAAGUUCGGAGCCAAUACACUUCGUCGUUUUUGUCAAUGGUCUCGGAGGCAAGAGCAGCGAUUUCUUCUGGGCAAAGAGGUGGAUGAAGCUCUUGAUAGGCGCGCCCAAACACAUCCUUAUCUGGUCCGAAGCCAACGAGCAAGAACAGACCUUUGACGAAAUAUCUGUUUGCGGCUUGAGGUUGGCUGUCGAGGUAGCAUCGUACCUCGACAACAUCGGAACGACAAACUUCAAGCUUAGUUUUAUCGGAUUCUCUCUCGGAUGUGUCCUAGUGCGCGCCGCCCUCACUUGCGCCCAGAUGAGACCGUACAUCAGAAACCUGCACACCUUCUUCUCCGUGAAUGGUCCGCACCUCGGCGUCGUGUACGUCAAGAGCAGGUUUCUCAGGUUUCAGAUUUCAAUCCUGUCCAAGAUACACAUGAAGGGCUCGGUGAAGGAGCUCACGUUUCAGGAUUCGUCGGACCUGCGGAGGUGCUACUUGUACAUCCUGAGCCAGGCACCGGGUCUCGAGUACUUCAAGAACGUCUUGCUCGUCGGUUCGUCCCAGGACAAGCUUGUUCCGGUGCAUUCCUCCAACAUACAACACUGUCCGGCAUCGCUUGUCGAUAACACCGUCGUAGGCAAGACGUAUGACGAGAUGAUCAAGAACCUCCUGGGUCCACUGCUCAAGCGCGACGACGUGAACCUGAGGCGCUUCGACGUCUUCUACGACACCGGUCGGCUGCGUUAUCUGGAAUCGGUGUUCCUCAGCCUGUCGCACGUCUGCGCACUCAUGUCACGGAACCUGUUCGAGAAGUUCAUGCUACUCUCUGCCGCCGAGUGCUUCAAGUGAACACCGCAGAACCUCGACAGACAGGCAUCAGUGCCUGUCGGUCUUCCACCGAACAUUCCUUGUGGAAAACAUUAUCAGCAAUUGCUGUAGCGUUCCCGAACGCGCCACGAAAAACACCUGCCUUCUUGUGUUAUUGCAAGAGAGCACUGGCUUCAUAGAAUGUGACUAUAUU